AUGGGACAGGGAAGAAGCCAAUUUACAGAAGAAGAACUUCAGGAUUAUCAGGAUUUAACGUACUUUAGUAAAAAAGAAGUUUUGUAUGCUCAUCAAAAGUUUAAAGCUCUUGCUCCCGAAAAAGUAGGGCACAAUAAAAAUGCUAAACUUCCAAUGGCCAAAAUACUUCAAUUCCCUGAAUUAAAAGUUAAUCCAUUUGGUGACAGAAUAUGCCAAAUAUUUAGUUCUAGUCAGGAUGGAGAUUGUACUUUUGAAGAUUUUUUAGAUAUGAUGUCUGUAUUCAGUGAUGCAGCUCCAAAAGCUGUGAAAGCCGAACAUGCAUUCAGAAUAUUUGAUUUUGAUGGUGAUGAUAUGUUGGGAGUUCCAGAUUUAAGGAAAGUUAUCGAUAGGUUAACAGGUUCACAAUGUUUAAGCGAACAAGAAGUACAGUUAGUAAUUCAAAAUCUCUUGGAAGAAGCCGAUUUAGAUGAUGAUGGAGCUCUGUCUUUUGCAGAAUUCGAACACAUUAUUAAUAAGUCAUCUGAUUUUAUUAACACUUUUCAAAUUAGAUUAUGA